AUGGAGCAAAACUAUGGAGAGGUGAACCAGUUAGGAGGGGUGUUCGUCAAUGGCCGACCCCUGCCUAACGCCAUACGGUUAAGAAUAGUGGAGCUGGCCCAGCUCGGGAUCAGACCCUGCGAUAUAAGCAGGCAACUUCGAGUCUCCCACGGCUGCGUGAGCAAGAUCCUGGCGAGGUACAACGAGACGGGCUCUAUCUUACCCGGUGCCAUCGGUGGAAGCAAACCGCGGGUCACGACGCCGAACGUGGUGAAAAAUAUCAGGGAAUACAAACAGGGCGACCCCGGGAUCUUUGCCUGGGAGAUCCGGGACAGGCUUUUGGCAGACGGAGUUUGUGACAAGUACAAUGUCCCGUCGGUGAGCUCGAUCAGCAGGAUUUUACGCAACAAGAUUGGAAAUCUCUCCCAGCCCAACCAGUACGAGAGCAGUAAGCAAGCCUCCGCGCAGGCCGGUAUCGCCUACAACCACAUAUACAACGCUUAUUCCUACCCCAACACCAUGUCGCCCACUGGCACUAAAAUGGGCAGCGGUCCUGGAGUACCCAUGACAGCGGGACAUAUGAGCAUGAGGGCCUGGCCUUCUGCGCACACCGUCAGCAACAUCCUCGGUAUCCGAGCCUUCAUGGAUCCUUCAGCCAUCGCUGGGACGGAGGGAUAUCCACCAAAAAUGGAGGAGUGGAGUAGCGUCAACAGAGCAGCUUUCCCCGCAGCUCACUCGGUCAACGGGAUCGACAAAUCAGCCAUUGACGCCGACAUAAAAUACGCACAGCCCUCCUCGACACUGUCCAGUUACGUCUCGGCGUGCGCCUACUCUCCCACCAACCAGUACGGGGUGUACAGCGGGCCUGCAGGCGGCUACGUGGCCCCGGGCCACCACCACUGGCAGCCGCAGAGCCCGGCCCUGACGCACCAUGCAGGCGGCGGGAUGAGCAUGCACGCGGGAGACAUCCACUCACCAAUGACCUUCAAGCAUCAGGCGCGAGACGGAGACAGAAAACCGCCCACUCCCCUGAGCAAGCAGCAACAGCAGCAGCAGCAGCAACAUGAAGACUUGAACAGUGUGCAUGGACUCAAUCUCCCUACCUCAUCAUCAUAACCGGGACUUACAGCACCUUAAUCAGCUGACCCAUUUAACUGAACUCAUUUCAACAGCUCCCAACAGUAAGUGUGAACACUAACGGCUUGUUGCAGACACACACAGGCCUAUUCACGUGCAUUAUGAAUGCACUAUAGCUUUAUCGGCCCUUCAUGGCCAUAUGAAUGUAAGCUUGCAUGGAUGUAUCGGUGUUUCCCCCUUCAUCUUUUUUUUCUCCAUUGAAAUACUUCAUCUUGCUAGACUGUAUAUUCUCAUGGAGACUGCAGGAUUUUUUUUCAACACAUUUUUUCGGUCCAGUCUGUCAUUGAUGUUUUAUUAUAAAAACCAAAAAGGGCUAUUCUGUAAUCCGCCAUAUAUUAUAUUAUCUUAAUUUGUGGCCAUGAUCUCGAUUCUACAGUGACUCAACGAUGUGAACAAAGAGAUAAAAUUGUCUAAAUGUAAAAUAUUUGCCAAAGCUUUAAUUAUAUAUUUUUAUAAUUUCAUUGUAAAUAUAAAAAAAAAA